UCGAGCCAACCACCUCCUAAAAGCCAGAGAAAGCCCACCUCACCCGCUCUCCCUUCUCCUUGGUAUUACGGCUCCCUAGCUUCGCUCUCUUCCAGAGGACACCGCCGCCGCCAGAUGGCCAUCGUCACGGAAGGAGGUAACGCCAGCAGCGGCCACGGCGACGGCACCACCGCCCACAUGCCUCACGUCCUCAUGGUCUCCUUCCCCGCCCAAGGCCACCUCAACCCCCUGCUCCGCUUCGCCAAGCGCAUCGCCGCCAAGGGCCUCCUCGUCACCCUCUGCUCCACCCACGACAUCGGCCACCGGAUCUCCUCCUCCACCGCCAACUCCGCCCUCGGCGUCCCCGUUCCCAUCGGCCGUGGCUUCAUCCGCUUCGAGUUCUACUCCGACGACCUGCCCGUCGACGACCCCCGCCGCGACGACCUCGACGUCCUCAUGGCCGCCCUCCGAGCCACUGGCCCGCCGGCCAUAUCCGACCUCAUCCGCCGCCACGCCGACGCCGGCCGCCCGGUGUCCUGCAUCAUCAACAACCCCUUCGUGCCGUGGGCGCUCGACGUGGCCGCCGACAUGGGCAUCCCAAGCGGCGUCCUUUGGGUUCAGUCCUGCGCCGUCUUCAUCACCUACUACGGCUACUAUCACUCCCUGGCGAAGUUCCCCACCGAGGACGACCCCCACGUCACCGUGAAUCUGCCAGGCCUGCCGCCGCUCGAGGAGGGCGAGAUACCCACCUUCCUUCAUCCUUCCUCUCCCUACAAGAUGCUGAAGAAGGUGAUCCUGGAGCAGUUCCACAACAUCUCCAAGGCGUCGUGGGUGUUCGCAAACUCCUUCCAAGAGCUGGAGCGCGACGCCAUCGACGCCAUCUCCCACCGGCUGCCCAUCAUACCCGUGGGGCCGCUGGUGGAGCCGGACCAAAACUCGCAGCGCUCCGACAUCCGGAGCGACAUCUUCGAGGUGGCCGACUGCACGGAGUGGCUGGAGUCGCAGGCGCCGCGCUCCGUCGUGUACGUGUCGGUGGGUAGCGUGGUGGUGCUGAGCAAGGAGGAGACGGCGGAGCUGGCGUGGGGGCUCAGCGACUGCGGCCGGCCCUUCCUGUGGGUGGUGCGGGGCGACAAGCAUGCGCUGCUGCCGGAGGGCUUCCUCGAGUCGGUCGGCGAUCGGGGGCUGGUGGUGGGGUGGAGCCCCCAGGACCGCGUACUCACGCACCCCGCCAUCGCCUGCUUCGUGACCCACUGCGGGUGGAACUCGACGCUGGAGGCGCUGACGGCAGGCGUGCCGCUGGUGACGUACCCGCAGUGGGGUGACCAGGUACCGAACUCCAAGUUCCUGGUGGAGGCGUACGGCGUCGGGGUGCACCUGCGGGCCCCGGCGACGCGGGAGGAUGUGGAGCGGUGCGUGGCGGCGGUGACGCAGGGCCAGCUCUCGGAGGCGAUCGGAAGGAGGGCGGCUGAGUGGAGGGAGGCGGCGACAAAGGCGGUGGCGGAGGGCGGGUCGUCGGACCGCCACAUCCAAGCCCUGGUGGACGAGAUAAGCAAGACCGCCAGCAGCGGGCGUGGGCACGUCAACCCCACGGUUUGAGCUCUAUCCGAUUGAUUGCAUGGUGCAAAAUAAAACACACUUAAAUCGCUCGCACAAUUAUUGUUGUUAUUAUGGAAUUUUACAUGCUUCGGGGAAUAAUGCAUACAUAUAUUAUGAACUAUAAUUAUCGAUUAA